AUGGAUGGUGAUUUAUUUAGUGUGUUUGGCGAAGAGCCAAAAGAGUUACCUGAGUUGCCCGCUGAGGAUAUUGAACAAGUGCCCGAUGAGCAUCAGGUCGAAACCAAGAAACGGGGCUUGUCGCCAAGUAGCAAUACAAAGGAGGAAUCUCAGCAAGCAGAGUCCACGGCUAAGAAAGUUAAAAAGGACAAGAAACUAGUCGAUGAGAAAAAGAAGUCAGAAGUGGUUCCCGUGCUGGCAGAUUCGUUUGAAAAGGAGGCAUCGAGAGAGGUCGAAGCGUCGAGCGGCCUAGCUACAGCCGAUGCUGCACAAGUCGAGGAAAACGGAAAGAUGAAGCUACGGCAUCAGGUGCGCCAUCAGGUUGCAUUGCCCCCAAACUACGACUACAAGCCUAUUGGACAGCACAUACGUACAAAUGAGGCGAGGACUUAUCCCUUCACGCUAGAUCCGUUCCAGGACACGGCGGUGUCCUGCAUAGAUCGGGGCGAGUCAGUACUAGUUUCUGCGCAUACAUCGGCAGGUAAGACAGUUGUGGCGGAGUAUGCCAUUGCUCAAUCGUUGCGCGAAAAACAGCGGGUCAUCUACACAUCUCCAAUUAAGGCAUUGUCGAACCAGAAGUAUAGAGAACUCCUUGCUGAAUUCGGGGAUGUUGGUCUGAUGACGGGUGAUAUCACCAUCAACCCAGAUGCUGGCUGCUUGGUCAUGACUACCGAAAUUCUGAGGAGUAUGCUGUACCGAGGAAGUGAGGUCAUGAGAGAAGUUGCCUGGGUCAUAUUUGAUGAAGUGCAUUAUAUGCGUGACAAGGAGAGAGGAGUUGUUUGGGAGGAAACGAUCAUCUUGUUGCCGGACAAGGUGCGCUAUGUCUUCUUGUCGGCCACGAUUCCCAAUGCGAUGGAGUUUGCCGAGUGGAUAUGUAGAAUUCAUUCCCAGCCAUGCCACAUCGUUUACACAGACUUUCGUCCAACCCCACUGCAACACUAUUUAUUCCCCGCCCAUGGCGACGGUAUACACUUGGUAGUUGAUGAGAAGGGGACAUUCCGCGAAGAAAAUUUCCAGAAGGCGAUGGCGUCCAUCAGUAAUCAGCUGGGCGAUGAUUCUAACUCCGCAACGUCCAAGGGUAAACGGGGACAGACCUACAAAGGAGGUGCGGCCAAGGGAGACGCGAAGGGCGACAUUUACAAAAUAGUUAAAAUGAUUUGGAAGAAGAAGUACAAUCCUGUUAUUGUGUUUUCUUUCAGUAAGAGGGACUGUGAAGAGCUGGCCCUUAAAAUGUCGAAGUUGGAUUUUAACUCUGAUGAGGAGAAGGAUGCGCUGACAAAAAUAUUCAACAAUGCCAUUAGCUUGCUUCCGGAAGCGGACCGUGAGCUACCUCAGAUUAAGCAUAUCCUGCCACUUUUGAGACGGGGGAUCGGUAUACAUCAUUCUGGUUUGUUGCCAAUAUUGAAGGAGGUUAUUGAAAUUCUCUUCCAAGAAGGAUUUUUAAAGGUGUUGUUCGCUACAGAAACAUUUUCCAUCGGCUUAAAUAUGCCUGCGAAGACUGUGGUGUUUACAAGCGUCAGAAAGUGGGACGGUAAGCAGUUUCGCUGGGUUUCUGGUGGUGAAUAUAUUCAGAUGUCUGGUCGUGCAGGCCGUCGUGGCUUGGAUGAUCGUGGUAUCGUCAUCAUGAUGAUAGACGAAAAGAUGGAACCGCAAGUGGCUAAGGGUAUGGUCAAAGGUCAAGCGGAUAGACUGGACUCGGCAUUUCACUUGGGGUACAACAUGAUCUUGAACUUGAUGCGAGUGGAAGGUAUUUCCCCUGAGUUCAUGUUGGAGCAUUCUUUUUACCAGUUUCAGAAUAUCACUUCGAUGCCAGUUAUGGAGAAGAAGAUGAAUGAGCUUUCUAAGAAAUUGGAAGACAUACACGUCGAUGAUGAAAGUAAUGUGAAAGAUUAUUACGAUAUCAGGCAGACACUUGAUGCGUACAAUGAAGACGUAAGAAAAGUCAUGACGCAUCCUGCGAAUGUGUUGAGCUUCUUACAACCAGGGCGCUUAAUAAAGAUCAAUGUCGGCGGUAAACAGGAUUACGGCUGGGGCGCUGUGGUUGAUUUUGCAAAGAGAAUAAACAAGCGUGACCCUACUGCAGUAUAUGCAGACCACGAUUCUUACAUUGUCAAUGUGGUGGUUAAUACCAUGUACAAAGAUUCUCCGCUCAACUUGUUGAAGCCUUUCAAUCCAGUGCUCCCGGAGGGUAUCAGGCCCGCCGCAGACGGCGAGAAAACCACCUGUGCCUUGAUCUCAAUCACAUUAGACUCCAUACAAGGCUUAGGGAACCUCAGAAUUUUUAUGCCUAGUGAUAUAAAGGCGGACAGCCAGAAGGAGGUUGUGGGUAAAACGUUGAAGGAGGUUCAGCGCCGCUUCCCCAAGGGGAUUCCAUUGCUAGACCCAAUCAAAAAUAUGAAGUUGGAGGAUGAGGAAUUCCUGAAGCUUCUGAAGAAGAUUGAGAUCUUGGAAUCGAAGAUGAACUCCAAUCCGAUAGCUAACUCCGUGAAGCUCCAAGAGCUAUAUGAGAAAUACAGCGAAAAGGUUGCUAUGCAGAAUGACAUUAAACACUUGAAAUCGAAGAUGAAUGAAGCUCAAGCGGUCAUCCAACUGGACGACCUACGUCGCCGCAAGCGGGUUCUUCGCCGCCUGGGCUUUUGCUCUGCAUCGGACAUCAUUGAAUUGAAAGGUAGGGUUGCAUGUGACAUUUCAUCAGGCGACGAACUGCUGCUUACCGAGUUAAUUUUGAAUGGUAAUUUUAACGAACUGAAACCGGAACAGGCUGCGGCUUUGCUAUCAUGCUUUGCCUUCCAGGAACGGUGUAAAGAGGCGCCUAGGUUGAAACCAGAGCUUGCGGAGCCAUUAAAGGCCAUGCGUGAGGUAGCAGCGAAAAUUGCCAAAGUUAUUAAGGACUCCAAGCUAGAAAUAGUCGAAAAAGACUACGUUGAGAGCUUUAGACAUGAACUUAUGGAGGUCGUUUACGAAUGGUGCAGAGGUGCUUCCUUCACCCAAAUCUGUAAAAUGACAGACGUUUAUGAAGGUUCACUCAUUAGAAUGUUCAAGAGACUUGAGGAACUCAUAAAAGAGCUUAUUGACGUCUCCAACACAAUUGGGAACGUGACACUCAAGGAAAAAAUGGAGGCCGCACUGCACAUGAUACACAGAGACAUCGUCUCUGCGGGCUCGCUAUACUUGUAA